GUUCACCCAAAUGGGCUAGCGGAAAUUCGAAAAUAGAUGAAUUUAUUAGAUAUACCCAACUAAAUACUGACGAUGAUAUGAACAACCUUGAAUGGAUUGAUUUCCAACAGUUUGAAUCAGUAGAAAGCAUUAAUCAACGAGGUGCCUUCAGCACAACAUCUUCCGCAGUUUGGAGGGAAGGACCAAGAUGGAAAUUGGACGAAAAACCGAAAGACGGUGGCGCAUUGGCUGAUUGCUUUGGUAUGACAAAAGAUCCAACGUCGUGUUACAUAUUUGUUAUGAAGUAUUACGAGAACGGGAAUUUAUAUUCAUACCUCGACGAAUUUAUGGAAGUUCGUCCUUUGAAAGGUAUUCGUCCAACUGCAGCUCAAUUAUAUGAUUUAUUAGGAAGUUGGUCGGAUCCUAAUAAAUCUGAACCAUUUGACCAAGAUGUAAUUACUGGAUCUCGCCAACAAAUCGAUCCUCGCGCUUAUUAUACAAGCAGACUCUUACACUUUCCCGAGGAGUCAAGCAUAUGGAUGGUCAUUCCCGUUAUAAUACUAAAAAUUAAAGGUAGUGAUAGAAAGCAUAUCAGGCCAGAAAAAGAUUUCGAUUAUUAG